AUGUCGCUCCCUUCGAAACGUCGCCGAGCGAUCCUGCCCGCUCCAGGUGCCACAGCGGCUCAUGCCAGCCCUGUGCCGCCUGCCACACAGCAGCCACCCACAAACGGAAGAGACGGAUCACCAAAUGACGUGCCUGAAAAGGAAUCAGAGAGCAACGAAUCCAGGAGCCCGAGCAGCGAAUCGUCCGCCGAGGCCAACAAGCCGCGAUCGGGGCCUAAGAGACAGGUCAUCGCCGUCGCCUGCAACCAAUGUCGACGUCGAAAAGCCAAGUGCGAUGGCAACAGGCCGAAAUGUCAGCAUUGCACCAAACGGGGUAUCGAAUGCCAUUACGAGGCAAAUCAGGGCGAGACGGUGAGUCUCGCUCUCAAACGCAAGGCCAACGACCUGGAGACGGAGAACACCCAGUACAGAGACCUUUUCCGCAUGGUCUGCAGCAAGACAGAAGACGAAGCCCAGGAAAUCUUUCGCCGCAUCCGCAAGACGGGUGACCCCCUGACGGUCUUGGAGUCCAUCAGGCAGGCCGAGAUCCUGCUGCCCUCGCCGGCCUCCAACGAGCGGGUUAAUGAUUCAAGGUUAGCCAAGCUCAACGACAAGGCCAUGGAACAUAGUCUGAUCCGCGUGCCCGCGAAACCUUGGACAGCCAUCGCAGACGACGGACUCGUAUCUGAGCUCAUCACCGAUUUCUUCACCUGGGAGAACGCCAGCAACUUCCCCGCCAUCGAACGCGACCUCUUCCUCGACAACAUGAGAGCCGGCAGCGUCAAGCGUGCCAAGUACUGCUCUCCCAUCCUCGUCAACGCCAUUUGCGCUCUUCGAAGUCCUUUCCUAGACCGAGCGAAGCAAUUCGGCUCCAUCACCGGACAAGACUUGUCCAAGCGCUUCCGGGACGAGGUGAUGCAGCUCGUCGAAAAGAGCCAGGGUCGCGCGACGCUCCCGACCGUUAUCGGGUUGGUGCUCAUCGACCAUUCUGCGAGCAUCGCAGGCGACGAGCCACGAGCGAAAAUGUAUCGUUACAUGGCAUGGGAACGGUAUAAGCGCUUAAAGCCGGAACGCAAAUUCGCAUUACUGAAGGAAGACGACCCUCAGGACGCGAAAGAGAGGUUGGCCAUUUCUAGGGCGGUCUGGGCCAUUUUCAUAAUGGAAAGCCGCCUGUCGUAUUUCUACGCCCAACUCUCAAAUAUUCCUCCCCCGUCAGUACCUAUAUUAUUCGACAACAGCGGGCGAGAUGCAGUUGAACCCCUCGGCAACGUAGACGUGCUAGGCCGGCCUUUAAGUGGGAUGACGACUUACGCAACGAUUGUACCUGGGAUCGCAACAGUCAACUGCAACCUGGCCUGUUUGCAAUACGAAAUCAUGAAUUACCUCACCUCAGCAACUACCACCCAUAUGAAAGGCGGCGCUGAAGAUAUCAAACGGAGAAAGCGCCUGUUCUGCAAGGCCCAACAGUUCAGAGCCGACCUGCCAAAGCGUUUUCGAAUGGAAUUCAACUUCACGCCUUCAACCUGCUUCUUGAGAAUGCACGAAAACGAACUAGCAUACGCCAUCCUCCAACCCCUCCACCCGUCAGCAAAAUUCGAUACCCCGUUCACCGACACCUCGACAACAGUCAAGUCCCUCACCCUUCAGCACUGCAUAGCCGACACGACCCUGGCCGAGGCCUACCUGCAUAGGUUCACCGUCAGCUCCUACAUCACCCGCGAGCUGUUCGUGACGAUGCAGAACCUCAUCCCCUUCCUCAACGACGGCGACGCCGCCACGAAAACCCUCUUCACCCGGCUCUGCAUGCUGAGCGGGCUCUCCGCCCGCGUGGUGCGCAUGUCCAUCUACCUGCUCCAGGCCGCGCAGGCCAUGGCGUGGGCCAUGAAGCGCGACAUUCCCGAGGCCGCCAAGCCGUACCUCGAACCGUGGGUGAAGCUGGCGAUCCAGGAGAGCGAGACGAAACCGCCGAGCUAUGCGGUGCCGGACAGAGACGAGAUCAAGGCGCUGCUGGCCGAGGACGAUAAGAGUGUGGCGGGGCCGAGCGAGGGCAGCGGGACUGAGCUUUGGGCCCUGAUUGAGAAAUGGAAUGUCAGCGGCGGUGGCGGCAGCAGUUUAUUCUAA